UUUAUGCCCUCAAUUUCGACGUGUAAUUGCCCCAAUUCAAACUCCACUGUUUCCAUUCCAUGCUCUCUCCUGUUCUUCCCUUCCUUUCUUUCUGUGACGUGUACCAAAACUCUCAGCACUUUUUAUCUUUUCUUCUCUUUCUUUUUCCGCGAUGGCAACGUUGAUCCAUAAACAAGAAAUUGAACACGACGAUGACACUCGGAACGUUGAUCUCAGAAUCAGCGCCGAUGGAGAUGCACAUACGGACAAACUAGACCCCACCGCCAACUCCAUCUUCACAACCAAGGAGGUUGCUCCUAAGGAAGAGCCGGACUCGGAGGAGAGAUCACCUGCGCCUCUAGGUGUCAUGCCCAUCGCCGUCCACGUGCCCACGGCGAUCAGGAUGCCGUUAGCAGCUGCUCCGCCCAAAAGAGCUUCUACGAAAGACCGACACACCAAAGUCGAGGGUCGGGGCAGGAGAAUCCGAAUGCCCGCAACCUGUGCAGCUAGGAUCUUCCAGCUCACCAGGGAGCUGGGUCAUAAAUCCGAUGGAGAGACCAUUAGGUGGUUGCUUGAGCACGCGGAGCCAGCAAUUAUAGCCGCCACCGGAACCGGAACUGUUCCCGCUAUUGCCAUGUCAGUCAAUGGGACCCUCAAAAUCCCCACAACCUCUAAUGCAAACUCCGAACCCAACGACCCAUCCGUAAAGAAGAAGCGUAAAAGACCCGCUAAUAGCGAGUACAUUGACAUAAGCGACGCCGCUGUUUCAGUCUCCGCGCCUCUUGCCCCGUUAAUGACACCGCAACCCCCACCACCGCAGCAACAAACAGCAACCGCAGUAAUUCCUCAGGGUUUAGUUCCCAUGUGGGCCAUACCAUCUAACGCCGUCGUCCCUGGCGCGUUCUUCAUGGUACCGCCCAUGGCGGCAUCCAUUGCGGGAACGCCGAACCAGCCCCAGAUAUUUACGUUCCCAGCUGCGGCUACGCCUCUAAUCAACAUAUCGGCGAGGCCGAUAUCGUCUUUCGUAUCGUCCAUGCAACAAGCAGCCAAUAUAGCAGUAGCGAUGCCCGUUUCGAGUUCUACAAUUUCUGGUUCAAAGCCUACGAAAGCUACGUCUGUUAUGGCCCCAAGUUCAAGUUCUGCUCCCAUUAGUAGUAGUACUGCUAACAGUACAAACACUAGUACCACCACCACCCAAAUGCUUAGAGACUUUUCCUUGGAGAUUUACGAUAAACAGGAGCUCCAGUUCAUGACUCGACCUUCGAAGCAUUGACAGCAUUGAAAACACGAAAAGGUGUUUUCCGGCCUAAUUUUUCUUUUUUAGUCUUUCCGCCAUUAACGAGUGAAUUUGAGCUCAAAAAACUACCUUGGCUUUGAAAAAAAAAAAGACGAGAGAGAGAGAGAAGAAGAAGAAGAAGAAGAAGAAGAAGAAAACUGCCUUUGCUGAUUGGGGGUGGGGGGAGCACGUGUACACGUGGGGAUGGGCUCUAAUGGUGUGCACGUGUAAAGUGGGGUCUCGAUUAGGCGGGGUUUUGGGUUCCACCAUUUGAGGUGGGUCAACACUCAACCUAAAAUGCAAAGGUAGGCUCAGUUCCGUGGACCGUGCAGUGCAAAAGGUGGAGUAUUUUUUUUUUUUUUUCAAAAGAGUGGGGCAACAGCAUCCGCAUAGCUCCGUCAUGUGAUGGGGCACGGGCCCCAAAGGUAGUGGGGCCCUCGUGGGACCGUUUGACAGCGUUUCCAAGGCGGCCGCGUGGUGGUCCCUUUGGUUGGUUCGGUGGUCCGAUCGAGAGUAGAGCAGGCUGGAGAAGGAGAAGGGGACACGUCUCUUGAGUUUAUCUUUAAAUGUGGGGUCCUGCCCUUUUGUAUCUGACACGUAGGGUCCUAUUUUAUGUGGGCCUGGUCGUCGUUGAUUUGCAAAAAGUAAAACGCGAUGGAUGGUGAUGAAGGAUGAUGUUGGGCAUUGGAUGCCGCUGGUCUUUGCUUGUCUUGUAAUGGUAGAGUUGGGUACACCCAAAUGUAAUUGUAGCCUAUAACAUGUUAGUUAUCCUCUCUGACUGAAUUUUUAGUCAAUGGAAUUCCAACAUUUCAUCUCAA